AUGUUCUUCUACAUUCUCUGCGCACUUUUCCUCCUCAACGCCUUCACAGCCGAAGCGCAAAAAGAAGAGCCAUGUGAGGAUGAAGGAGGCGAACAGUUCUGCUUCGGCCCAAAGAACGCCGGUCUAUGCGACAGUCCGGGCUUCGCCAAAGUUGCAGAGCAGAUGUGUGCCAAAACGUGUGGUCUUUGUGAAUGA